UUGACUAUAGAUCCGAUCAGCACAGCCACCGAUCACCCUUCCUUGCCCACCGACACAGCGUCCAUGCAUCACGGGGAGAGCCAUUUCGGCCGAGGUCAAGAAGAUCAGAGCUCGAGACUGGCUGACAAGACAUCAGUGUUUAUGAGAGUGCGACUUUGAGCAGAGCUGCUAGAGAAGGGACGGUCACAUCACAUCGCAUGUGACCCAGUACAAUGGGGCCCUGGGCGUACCAGAGUGUCCUCUGUCCCUUUCGAGACUAUGCGACCUUCCCGUUUGCUCUCUGACAUUCUACGGCGACUCAUCGACACACAUGCGCCUCCCGGGAUCGGCGCCGUCGUCCUGGUGCUUGAUGCAAAAUCUGUUUAUCUCUCGGAAGCGCCAAUGGACUGCCAUGGCUCGGGAUGCGCCGCCGGACAAUAGCUUUGUGCCGUCAAAGCUUGUGUUGGCUUCCUGGAGCGCCUGUGUCUGAAUCCACCACUUCGGCGUUGGGCGCUUGGUGGCUGUGAGCUGUGGCAUUGUCCCAGUGAGGCAGCGUGCAUGGUGAAACGCUGCGGAAACACGAGGCAAAGUAGUUCACCUCUUGCCUUUGACCAUGUCACAAGCUGAGAGACAACGGGCAGACCAACGAAAGGCGGACGAAGAGCGUGUCGAGCGCGAGAGGGCCAGCGGGAACAAGCUCUGGAGCGCCUACAUCACCGAGGCGCAAAACUACGAUCAGGGUCUCAUCGAUGGCUGGCGCAGCGAGAUGGAUGGUCUGCUGAUCUUCGCCGGUCUCUUCUCGGGAGUCGUCACCACAUUCAUCAUCGACAGCUACAAGACACUAAACCCCGACUCGAGCAGCCAGACUGUCGUGCUGCUCAGCCAGACCGUCGCACUGCUCAGCCAGAUAUCGCACCAGCUCGGGAACCCGAACCAUAGCACAGCGGUGAUGGACGCUCUCCCUCCCCCCGCUUCCUUCUCACCCCCGGUCUCAUCACUCGUAUGCAACGCACUCUGGUUCACGAGUCUCGCACUGAGCUUGUCGAGUGCACUCGUCGCGACACUCGUCAAACAAUGGGCGCAGGAGUACCAGCACCGGACAUCGAUGUUCUUGUCUCCCUCUGUCCGUGCGCGCGUGUACAUGUAUCUCUACUACGGUUUGCGCCGCUUCAAUAUGCAUGCCGUGGUUGGCGUUCCCCCUCUCCUGUUGCAUGCGUCACUGGUCCUGUUCUUUGCGGGUCUGGUGGCGUUUCUUGUGCCCAUCAACAUCAUCAUCAUGGGCAUCUCUUCCGCUCUUCUGCUCCUGUUCGUCUCCGUCUACGGAACAUUCUCCGCCCUUCCGUUGUUCCGUCUCGACUGUCCGUAUCAAACGCCACUCACACCGAUCCUCUGGUCACUGAAUCAGAGCUUGAGAAAUGGAAGGGGGACUUCUCUUCCAAGGGCAGUGGCUGUUUGCGAGGCCUUUUUUCGAAAGCGAGUCGCUGUGCCAGAUCCAGAGAGACGCGCUCAAUCUACUGUGACGAACCCCGCGACCUCUGCCGAGCCUUCUACACCUGCAGAGACCGGUCCGCAGAGCCAGAGCAUUGUGGAAGCCCUGAAGUCGGCAGCACUGCAUCCUCCUGUUGAGACGGAGACUCGGGCACUCGCGUGGAUUGUCCGGUCUCUUUCUGACGAUGACGAACUUGAGAAACUUGUCGAGGGGCUCCCCCAGACGCUAUGGGAUUUCGAUAAAAACAAGCCUCGUGGCGUGUAUCAGGCGCUGUUCAAGAGGUUGUUGCAUGAUCCGCAAGUCCAUCUUGGCCAGCGUCUUGCUGAUUUCAUGGCAGGCUCCAACAGCAAUCUGCUUGAGGACAAAGUCCGCCUGCGCCGCCAGCUGUCCGUGCUCCGGGCCAUCUGGGCCAUAUGCGCGUUCUCUCUCCACACGGGUUCGCCGCUGCAAAGUCCGAUCGGAGAAGCCGACGUGAACUAUCCACUGAUCGGCUCAAAAUUUCUUGAUUCUCCUGGCGUGCAGAGCAUGGUCACUGACGUGUCUGCUCUAAUCCGUCUGAACAUGAUCGAGUCUCGGAGUCGGGGACGGGCCUCGAUACAGCCGAGCAGCUCAGACGGUGAUAUUCGUGCCCAACGCCAAGCGGACAUACAGCAAACGUAUGUGGAUUAUCUGGAAGCACUUUCCAAAUGCGCUACCAGCUUCCAGCGGGAUGUGACCAAUUCACUUUUCCACUGGUCACAAAUGCAGUUCACGGAAGCGGAUGGCUACGAAACUCUGCGUUCCGCUCUCUCCCGGCUAAUCCAAUCCAAGUCAGACGAGACAGCGAACAAUGCCGUCUUUGCUGCUCGUCAGAUGAUCAACGCGUUUGCCCAGACAUCAAAUUAUUCUGAUUUGUUCUUGCCGGGUUUUGGGCCGUUCCUCAUCCGAUAUCCCUCCCUCGCCGCCUCCGACCCGAGCUAUGCAGGAACUUGUCAUACGGAAUUGAUCCCCAGCCAUCUGCCGACGCCCUCCAACUGA